UCCCUGGAAAUAAGUGCAUCCCCUGUUGGUGGUUUGUAAUGGCUGCUUAUUAUGGGUGCAAAAUAGAAACCAGUUAGCAGUCUCUUGUUGUUUUUUUAUUUACUUUUUUUCUCCCAAAGCACAACAAACCGCUUCCACCAUGACAAACGUGUACUCCUUUGACGGUAUCCUGGUAUUUGGUCUUCUUUUUAUUUGUACUUGUGCGUAUCUGAAGAAGGUUCCUCGCCUCAACAGCUGGCUGUUAUCAGAGAAGAAAGGCGUGUGGGGCGUCUUCUAUAAAGCGGCGGUAAUCGGGACCCGGCUUCACGUCGUCGUGGCGCUCUCCUGUUUGUGUAUGGCCUUCUAUAUGAUCUUUUUGAAAUGACAAUGAUUGAGCCGCCUCAUGGACACUAUUUGGAUGUUGAGGCCUGGAGUGCCAUUUGGAAAGUAAUACAACCGAAUCCAACCAUCAGGACACACACGGACUCUGCUCUACAUUCCUGCAUCCUACCUGUUUCUCUAUGUUGUAACCAUCUUGUCUCCCCUCAUAUGAUUAUUUGUCUUCGCCUCCAACUGGAGGUAAAUGCGUUUAAAUCGGAGUAAAGGAAGAAAUAAGAUUAAGGACAAAUGAUUUGUAUGAAUGUUUAGCUUUCACUUGUUAUUGUCACAGUUAAACAUGAAAUGGUGUUAGAAUGAAAAAGGUUCAAGACACUAUCUUCUUUUUUAAUUAUUUGUAAAUUGUUUAAUUUUUAUAGAAGCAAAGUGCUUAGUAAGGCUGUAGCUUGUCUGCACGCUUUAUUAAAUCUUAUAAUUGGUCAUAAA